GCGGAGCCCAUCGCAGUUGGAGCAAGCCCACCCCUCUCUGCAGUAUGCAUGUUCGCCAGGGAAUCCGCGAAGCGCUCACGUCCCAGCAGUGUACUUCACCGGCCAGAGACGAUCCGCUCAGGAGUCGAGGAUAAUAAAAAUUGGAUGUGGCAGGCGGACCGGAGGCGGAAAGCCCGGAGUGACCGCAGGAAUACAGUAUUACUACAGGAACACAGGCAGCCUCUCUCCUCUGAACGUGGACAAUCAUGCAUGUGCUCUUCUGGGGCUUGGGGUUCCUACUAUUCCCUGAUUUCUUGAAUGUGGUCGCAUCUACGGGGAGAUUGCUUUUGAAUUCGAGCACAGUAAAAGAGGAGAUCGACGCUUAUGAGAUUGUAACACCGGUGCGAGUGAAUGAAGCCGGUGACAAGUUUCCAACCAGUGUGCACUUCAAGAGGAAAAGGCGAAGUUUGGAGGACGAGAGCACCGGCAACUCCACGGAUCACUGGGCCUCGCCGAACAUCCACUACAGGAUAUCUGCUUUCGGACAGAACUAUCACCUCAACCUCACGCUGGAUUCGGGAUUUAUCGCACCUCUGUACACUGUGACAGUACUUGGAGUACCCCGAGGAGAUAACUUAACGGAUUCUGCAGUAGAUGGGGAGGGAGGAGAGGAGGAGAUUGUGGAGGAGGAGGAGGAGGAGGAGGAGGACACGGAGUUAAGGCACUGCUUCUACAAAGGACAUGUAAAUGCACAUGCAGAACACGCCGCAGUCAUCAGUUUGUGCUCCGGACUGCUUGGCACUUUCAGGUCUCCAGAAGGGGAGUAUUUUGUGGAGCCCCUACACAGCUAUCAAGGAGAACACUAUGAAGAGGAACACACAAAACCUCAUAUUGUAUACAGGAAGAGUGCACCCAAGAAACAAACAUCAGGGGAGACCUCAGCUUGUGACACUUCAGGACACAAACACAGACAUAAGAGACACAAGCUGAAGAGGAGGCCAGCGGCUGGGGUGACCACCGUGUCCGAUGCAACCCCUGUGGUCAGCGCCGGUAUCUUCAGUGACGUGGAGUCGCUGAGCGCCAGCCUGGCCAGCAAUGCUCUGCUCAGAUCAGAGCGCAGCAGUGCUAGCACUAGACCGUCAAAUGAUAGCAGCGGUGACUCAGGACCUCACAGGAGAUCAAAGCGCUUCCUCUCCUACCCGCGCUUUGUUGAAGUCAUGCUGGUGGCCGACAGCAAAAUGGUGGAGCAUCACGGCAGCAACCUACAGCACUACAUACUCACACUCAUGUCCAUAGUGUCUUCCAUCUAUAAGGAUCCCAGCAUUGGCAACCUGAUUAACAUUGUGAUUGUAAAGUUAGUCAUAAUUAACAAUGAGCUGGAGGGUCCAGUCAUUUCAUUUAAUGCACAGACCACUUUAAAGAACUUCUGCAUCUGGCAGCAAAGCCAGAACAUCCUGGAUGACAACCACCACUCCCAUCACGACACCGCCAUCCUCAUCACCAGGCAGGACAUCUGCAGAGCGAGGGAUAAGUGUGAUACCUUAGGACUUGCAGAGUUGGGGACAGUGUGUGAUCCAUAUAGAAGCUGCAGCAUCAGCGAGGACAAUGGACUCAGCACUGCAUUCACCAUUGCCCAUGAACUUGGCCAUGUGUUCAACAUGCCUCAUGAUGACAGUAACAAGUGUAAAGAAGAUGGAGUUAAGAUCCAGCAGCAUGUGAUGGCUCCCACACUUAACUACAACACAAACCCUUGGAUGUGGUCCAAGUGUAGCAGGAAGUACAUCACAGAAUUCCUUGACACAGGAUAUGGUGAGUGCUUGCUCGACGAGCCUGUUUCUAGGCCGUACGGUCUCUCGCAGCAGCUGCCUGGACGGAUAUACAAUGUCAAUAAACAAUGUGAAUUGAUAUUUGGGCCAGGAACGCAGGUGUGCCCUUAUAUGACUCAGUGUCGGAGGCUGUGGUGCACUAGUCCAGAGGGCGCCCAGCGGGGCUGCAGGACCCAGCACAUGCCCUGGGCAGACGGCACCGACUGUUCCCCUGGAAAGCACUGCAAACAUGGCCUCUGUAUAGCCAAAGAACACGAUGCCACACCUGUGGAGGGAGCGUGGGGAGUCUGGAGUCCUUUUGGUACCUGUUCGAGGACAUGCGGCGGAGGCAUAAAGAUUGCCAUGCGUGAAUGCAACCGACCCGUACCCAGGAAUGGAGGAAUGUAUUGUGUUGGUCGCCGAAUGAAGUUCCGUUCCUGUAACUCUGAGCCUUGCUCCAAGCAGAAGAAGGACUUCAGGGAGGAGCAAUGCGCUGCUUUUGACGGCAGGCACUUCAACAUCAACGGUCUACCUCCGAAUGUUCGCUGGGUGCCCAAGUACAGCGGAAUUCUGAUGAAGGACAGGUGUAAGCUGUUCUGCAGGGUGGCGGGCAGCACAGCCUACUAUCAGCUCAGGGACAGGGUCAUCGAUGGGACGCCAUGUGGACCCGACACCAACGACAUCUGUGUCCAGGGCCUAUGUAGGCAAGCGGGCUGUGAUCAUGUACUGAACUCUAAAGCCAGGAGGGACAAGUGUGGUGUGUGUGGCGGUGAUAACUCUUCCUGUAAAACCGUAGCAGGCACCUUUAACAUCGUACGCUACGGCUAUAAUGAAGUAGUACGAAUACCCAGCGGUGCUACAAACAUAGAUGUGCGUCAACACAGCUACUCAGGGAAACCAGAUGAUGACAACUACCUCGCCAUAUCAAAUAGCCGUGGAGAGUUCCUGCUUAAUGGAGAGUUUGUGGUCAGCAUGUUCAAAAGGGAAAUCAAAGUAGGAAAUGCCAUCAUUGAGUACAGUGGCUCUGACCAUGUCAUUGAGAGGAUCAACUGUACUGACCGCAUUGAAGAGGAGAUCAUUGUCCAGGUGCUGUCUGUGGGAAACCUUUACAACCCAGAUGUCAGGUACUCCUUCAACAUCCCCAUAGAGGAUAAACCUCAGCAGUUCUUCUGGGAUGCCUAUGGGCCUUGGCAGGAGUGUAGCCGUCUGUGCCAAGGGGAGCGCAAGCGGAAGAUUCUCUGCAGCAGGGAGUCGGACAGGGUGGUGGUGUCGGACCAGAGGUGUCACGGUACUGCUAGACCUGCUGUCAUCACUGAGCCCUGCAACACUGAAUGUGAACUCAGAUGGCACGUGGCUCGUAAAAGUGAAUGUACAGCCCAGUGUGGCCUUGGAUAUCGUACCCUGGAAAUUUACUGCUCCAAAAUCAGCCGCACAGAUGGCAAGACUCAGAAGGUAGAUGACCGCUACUGUAGUGGUCAGCGCAAACCUGAUGACAAGGAAGGUUGCCAUGGAGACUGUAACCCGGGUGGAUGGGAGUACUCAUCCUGGUCAGAGUGCUCCAAGAGCUGCGGUGGCGGCACCCGCCGUCGAGGGGCAGUGUGUCGAAAGGCAGCUGAGGCUGUCGGGGAUGAGAGCAAAUGCAGUCAAAGGGACAAGCUGACCGUCCAACCCUGCAAUGAAUUCCUCUGUCCACAGUGGAAGACUGGCGACUGGUCUGAGUGCCUUGUGACGUGUGGAAAAGGCUACAAGCACCGUCAGACCUGGUGUCAGUUUGGUGAAGAUCGUCUAGAUGAUCGGUUUUGUGGCUCGUCUAAACCCGAGUCAGUGCAGACGUGCCAGCAGCAGGAGUGUGCCUCUUGGCAGGUUGGACCAUGGGGACAGUGCACUACCUCUUGUGGGCCAGGCUACCAGAUGCGAGCUGUGAAGUGUGUGGUUGGCUCUUAUGGUGCUGUCAUGGAUGACACUGAAUGUAACGCUGCGACUCGACCUACUGACACCCAGGACUGUGAAAUGGCCCAGUGUCCCAGCAGCAACCCUAUUCCCCCAGGGACCAAAGUCCCUUCCCACCAGGGCCACAAAACUCAGUGGCGCUUUGGUUCCUGGACCCAGUGCAGUGCCAGCUGUGGCAAAGGGACACGGAUGCGCUAUGUGAGUUGUCGUGACAACCAGGGUGGCGUGGCGGAGGAGUCGGCAUGUGCCCACCUACCAAAACCCCCGGCCAGGGAAGUGUGCUCGGUCGUGGCUUGUGGACAGUGGAAAGUGCUGGAAUGGACAGUGUGCUCCGUAACCUGUGGCCAGGGAAAGACGACACGACAGGUCCUGUGUGUCAACUUCAGCGACCAAGAGGUGAAUGCUAGUGAGUGCGACCCAGACGAUCGUCCUGCCACAGAGCAGGACUGCGCCAUGUCUCAAUGCCCGUCCCGCUCCAGUGAGUCCCGACCUUUGCCGUCCUCACCAAACACCAGCACCAGGAACAACCUGCCCCGUAGCCAAUCCCACCAAUGGCGGACUGGACCCUGGGGCGCGUGCUCCAGCACAUGUGCAGGAGGCUUCCAGCGGCGUGUGGUAGUGUGCCAGGAUGAGAAUGGUUACCCUGCCAACAGCUGUGAGGAUCGCAGCCGACCCAGUGAGCAACGAUCCUGUGAGUCAGGGCCAUGUCCACAGUGGAUCUAUGGCAACUGGGGAGAGUGCACUAAGCCAUGUGGAGGUGGGAUAAAGACAAGAUUGGUGGUGUGUCAGCGUCCAAAUGGCGAGCGUUUCAACGAUCUGAGCUGCGAGAUCCACGACAAGCCACCAGAUCGCGAGCAGUGCAAUACUCAGCCGUGUCCUUCUAGCCCCCACUGGAGCACAGACCCAUGGAGCUCGUGCUCGGCCGCCUGUGGAAGAGGUGUCAAGUCCCGUAAGGUGAGUUGUGUGACCAAGUCAGGUCGUCCCGUCCCAGAAGAAAACUGCCAGCACCUGUCCCCCAGACCUAGCAAGCAGAGGCGCUGCCGAGGUGGACGAUGCCCCAAGUGGAAGACUGGAAACUGGGGAGAGUGUUCAGCAUCAUGCGGCGACGGCAUCCAGCGCCGGGAGGUCCUCUGUCAGCUCGGUGACCGCCGCAGCGCGCUGGAGAGCGGCUGUCCCCAGCGCUCCCGACCGGCGUCCAGCCAGAGCUGCCGGGUGGCCGACUGCCCCUCCCGGUACCGGUGGAGAGAAGGAGACUGGCAGACGUGCAGUAAGUCAUGCGGAUCGGGCCACCGACAACGAGCUCUGCAGUGUGUAGACCACAACCAGCAGGAGGUCCAUGAGAUGUACUGUGUGAACCAGAUCAGGCCACCACACUUAGAGAGCUGCAACACUCAUGCUUGUGAGUUCAUCUGGAUCACAGGAGAAUGGACUGAGUGCUCAGCCAGCUGUGGCCAGGGCUACCGCCAGCGUCUGAUCUCCUGCAGUGAGGUGCAUGUGGACAAUGACAACUAUGAGUACGGCCAUCAGUCUUUGUCCAACUGCCCCGGGACCCCCCCUGAGAGCUACAUGCCUUGUAAUCUGGACCCGUGCCCAUCGCCACAGGAGUGGAGGGCUGGAAUCUGGGGACCGUGUUCAGUGAGCUGUGGGGAUGGAGCGAAGGAGCGGACGGUGCAGUGUGUUUCGGCAGAUGGUCAACAAAGCAAUAGGUGCUUUCAAGAUGCAAGGCCAGAAGCCAGAAAAGUCUGCAGGAAUCCAAGCUGCCAUUUGCCUUUGAGCUGUCAAGACAUCCUGAGCAUUAAUGGCCCCAUCCCAGACAGCGAACACUUUCUCAGCAUUCAAGGAAAAGCACUCAAGGUCUACUGUGCAGGAAUGCAGACAGAGACUCCGCAGGAGUACAUCACCUUGACAACCGGUGAAGAGGAGAAUUUUUCUGAGAUCUUUGGCUUCAGGCUCAAUGACCCCACCCAGUGUCCAGCCAAUGGCUCCAGAAGAGAAGACUGUGACUGUCGAAGAGACUACACUGCUGCAGGCAUCACCACCUUCUCCAAAGUCCGCCUGGACCUCAGGAAGAUGAACAUCAUCACUACAGAUUGGAAUUUUGCAGUCACCCGCGAAGGCAAGAGUGUUCCGUUUGCUACAGCUGGAGAUUGCUACAGCGCCGCCCGCUGUCCACAGGGUCGGUUUAGGAUAAACCUGUCAGGAACAGGUUUUAAGGUAGCCGAGGAAACCUCAUGGGUCUCCCAGGGCAACUACGCAGUAGCUAAUAUACAAAAAUCACAGGAUGGCAGCAGAGUGUCAGGAAUGUGUGGAGGCUACUGUGGUAAAUGUACACCGUCCUCUGGCCGCAGUCUGCCUGUAACAGUGGAGUAGAUCUAAAGCCAUCAAACAGGUGCUCAUCAUGUGAACACAUCACUCCUCUUUGGUGCUACAGCCAUCGCAUUGAGCUCAAAUCCAUCCUUCACAUAACCUCUUUAAAUCCCAUGUGUGUAUAGUGUAAAUAAAUCUGGUGUAAGUACUGUAAAUAGCAGGAUAAAAUGUCUUAUUUAUUGUACUCACCAUUUAUUUUUGUAUUUUUGUGUAAUUUAAGAGUUGCAGUAGCAAACACCAAACAGUUGCCAUGUAUGAGAUUUUUUUGCCAGAAUGUGCCUUCCAUUUUGUAUAUUAGCCUAUUUAACUUUUUUAGUGCUGUCAUUACUCCACAUUCCAUGUGUUACAGCCAUUUGUUUUAUCCAAUGAUGUUAUUGUUGUGAUGGUCACCAGUCCUGUGGUUCUUAUGCAGUGAGGUGUCUCCAAGCAGGGUUUUUGUUACACAUGGCAGACUUACGCAGUUUAACCACACUGAUAUAUAUGUAUAUAUAUAUAUAUAUAUAUAUAUAUAUAUAUAUUUUCCAAUUUCCUACUUAGGAUGUAUUUGUUAGCCAGAUGUGACAUUCAGGACUUCCUAGUUGCGCGGGACUAUUGCAUUAGAUAGCAAAUUACAUAUUUCACUGUUUCAAAAUAGUGAUAGUACUUGCAGGUACACGUCCUCUGGGUUUGCUUGUAAAAUGUUGUUUGUAAGUGAUCAAAUCCAAAAGCAGGUGUCACAAACCAACUAAACCGUGUUCUCGCUGCCCCAUCUGCAUCUGUCCAGCUGUUGUCAGGUGCAGCACUUGCACACUGCAGGAAAAGGCCAGGUGUUGCUGCCACACUGCUUUGGUAAUUUGAAGUACUUUUAUGGAGUCAGUUCAGUCUCUAACUAAAUGCCAUUUAGAUUGUACGGCCCAGAUAUGCCGGAGGUUCAUCCAUAGACAAACACACUGAGGCAUAACACACAUGCACACACACACAUUACUGGAUCAUAAAGGGAUGAGUAUAGGUUACAAAACCCACAGAGAUUACGCUGCUCGACAUCAGAGACCUAAAUUCCUGUGUGUUCCUGCAUUUCUCUCAGGUAACGUGCAGUGAACAGUGGGAGCCAUUAGCCUAUAGCUUUUACAGAAUAGUCCGGUUAUCUUAUCUGCAGCAGCUUGAAAGAAUUCAAAACUUCCCCUCAGGCCAAUAAAAUUCUAGUAGAUGCUCUGGAGAUAUAACACAAUAAUCCCACCCUGGAGACACCUCUGAAACUGCUGAACCUGCAGGCCCUGCAGCGUGAUUUCUGUCCAGAUGCUGCUUGUAAACCAUUGCCUCCUGUACCUCACUUUCUGUUUUCCAUCUUUGUUUGAUUUUUUAAAGAGUCUGUCCAAACUGUACAUAAGCUCCAUUUCAGAGCAUUUUGUUCUUUGUGAAGAUAUCAGGGUACUUUUUUUAAGAUUUUGUGUAUGUUUUUAUAUCUCUUUCACCACUGUUCUGCAGUAUUGUGAGCUGUUUUGUUUCGAAAUUUGCAGAAGAAUUCAGAAAGUGUAGAUGAAAAUCCAAAAAGAAAUUAUUCAUUUUAGUCUUUAGAUUUGUAUUUGUACGUUAGACAUAUGUACAACUCAUUAAGAAGCCAUAUUUGCUGUUCUGUGUGGUGCUAUUCCAGUGCCUUAUGUGAUAAUGCGCACUCUUCAACCAAAAGGGAAUUAAACACAGUUUUAAUCUGCAAUGAAACAAAAAUAAAAGACACGGGGAAGAAAAUAUUUUGUGUUUUACUGACAGUUACAGCUGACAAAUGCACUUCUCAAUGUGAAUGUCAGAAAGUAGUUCAGCCAAUAUAGUUCUCAGGUGCCAUAAAUGAAGGGAUUAUUAUAUUUAAAUGUAUUUAUCUUAUUUUACACAUUUGCCUCAUGUUUAUCAGGCAACUGAAUGUGUAUUAUUAGCUUUUAACAAUUUAAAGUCUCUUUUUAUAUUCUUUAUUUUACAUGCAAGUAUUUAUUUUAUCUUUUCUUGUGAAUGUGCAUAAGCUUUUUCCAUACUGACUAUGGACCACCACACCGUAUUGCCAUGAAAUGAACCAUCUGGCAGCAGAUUUCUUGUUUUAUGAAUGCAUUUAUUUGUGUAUAUAAAUGUGUCAUAUUUGCAUAAACUGUUUAAGCAGAGUUUGGUGCUGCCACAUGAAAAGGAUGAUUUAUGGAUGAGACCGGAUAAGGCAAUGAUUGGAGAUUAAUAAAAUGUCUGACACGCA